GUCUCAUUGAUACGCCAUUGAAUUGAGUGUCGUAGUGUACUGCUGUGUUGUAGGGUAUACUUAAAUUUUUUACUGCUUAAAACGGGCUACAAAUGCAGGCGGGGUUAGCUUUGAGAAUUUGUAAACCGGGUCGACUUAGGACCAUAAUGUCAUCCAGUGUGCAAUAUAGAACAGCUGCUAGCUUCCAGCACGAUAAAGCUUACGUCAACGGAAAAUGGAUAGAAGCCAAAUCUAAAAAGACAUACGAAGUGCUGAACCCAUCGACUGGAGAAAGUCUGGGAUCUGUGCCAGAUAUGGAUCAGGCAGACGUGAAGGACGCCAUUAAUGUGGCGUACAGAGCCUUUCAGACAUGGAAGAAAACCCUCCCCAAGGAACGUACAGCUAUCCUAAAGAAAUGGUAUGAUCUCUGUCUGGCUAAUAAGAAAGAGCUAGCCAAGCUCCUGACAUUGGAAAAUGGCAAACCUUUAGCAGAGGCCGAGGGGGAGCUGCUGUAUGGCGCUGGGUUUCUAGAGUGGUUUGGUGAGGAAUGUAGACGGACAUACGGGGACAUUGUUCCUUCACCCGUAGCCAGCAAGAGGACACUGGUCAUCAAACAGCCUAUUGGUGUAGCAGGAAUGAUCACACCGUGGAAUUUCCCAAACGCCAUGGUUACGAGAAAGGCUGGGGCGGCCAUAGCUGCUGGAUGUACCGUUGUCUUGAGACCAUCUGAAGACACACCAUACUCCGCCCUGGCCCUCUGUGAGCUGGCCGAGGAAGCAGGUCUUCCACCAGGUGUCCUGAAUGUGGUGACCAGUGGCCGAGGCAAUGCUGGACCCAUUGGCAAAGAACUGUGUGAGAACCCUCUUGUGUCCAAAAUCUCUUUCACUGGAUCAACAGCUGUGGGCAAGAUCCUGCUAGCCCAAUCUGCCAGCACUGUGAAGAAAGUGUCCCUAGAGCUUGGAGGAAACGCCCCCUUCAUCGUCUUUGACUCGGCCGAUGUGGACAAAGCUGUGGUUGGUGCCAUGAGCUCCAAGUUCAGGAACGCUGGACAGACUUGUGUUUGUGCCAACCGUAUUCUGGUCCAAGAAGGCAUCUACGACAGGUUUAUCCAAGCCCUGGGUAAGGCCAUCAAGGCCCAGAUCAGAACAGGCGAUGGCCUAAAUCCUGACACAACGCAAGGCCCACUCAUAAACUCCAGGGCCCUGGAAAAGGUUGACGGCCUCGUGAAAGAUGCUGUUAGUCAGGGUGCAAAGGUUAUUGUUGGGGGCAGCAAGGAUGAGAGGGGAGGCAACUUUUACCAGGCAACUCUUUUAGCCGAUGUCUCCACAGAGAUGAGGGUCGUGAAAGAAGAGAUUUUUGGCCCAGUUGCCGCUGCCAUUAGGUUUAAAACUGAAGAAGAGGCUAUUGAAAUAGCUAAUGCUACAACAGCAGGUCUUGCCAGCUACUUCUUCACAUCAGACAUAGCCCAAGCCUGGAGAGUCUCGGAGCAGCUUCAGUACGGCCUGGUGGGGGUCAACGAGGGCAUCGUCUCAGCCGUGGAGUCAACCUUUGGUGGGUGGAAGGAGUCAGGGCUGGGGACGGAGGGGGGGAAGUACGGACUGUCAGAGUACCUGGAGCUGAAGAAUAUUUGUUAUGGCGGUAUUGUUUAGAUGUGUUAGU